GGUUCACAACUUUGUAAAGUAAUUAAAAACGUUAGAAGAACGUCAGAGCUACCGGUAUUUUCUCGUAUUCUUUCCAUUUUGUACAUGUUUAAUGCAAAUGCUAUAUUUAUCUAAAAAAUAGUUGGGAAAAGCCAACAUGGUGAGCGAAGAACAGGAAUGUGAAAUGGAGUUGGAUUCGGAGAAAAUACCAGUUCCUUCGGUGGAGAAGACAGUUGAGGAACCAUCCAAAGUUGAAGAGCCAAAACCGGAAGUUCCUCGGAAAAAACACCGAAAAAGACACAAAGAAUUACAUGCAACCAUUCUGAAGCAAAUGGAGUUUUACUUUGGAGAUGCAAACUUGAGCAAAGACAGAUUUUUAGCAAGACUCAUCAGCGAGGAUCCCUGGGUGAAUCUGAAGAUAUUUAUUGCGUUCAACAAGAUAAAGAUGCUGACAACGGACGUAAGUAGAAUAGCCCUCGCUCUGAAGAAGUCGACAAUGCUGGAGGUUUCUGAGGACGGGACAAAAGUUCGUCGCACUACCGCUAUUCAGCAGAAGGAGAAUUCCGAAGAGUGUACAGUCUAUGUUCAAAGACUGCCUCCAGAGGCAGAUCACGAUUGGAUUUCGAAGCUAUUUUCAGAGUACGGUGCAAUCGACUACAUUUCCAUUCCAAAGUACAAAAACAAAGCAAUCAAGGGCUUUGCUUUUGUCGAGUACAAUACGGCGGAGGAUGCUCGAAAAUGUAUCAAGGCCUUUAGAGCAAAAGGCUGCGAACUGCCAUCCCAGACGUCUCCAAACUCCCUGAUGAGUAUCACCACGCACGAAAACUGCGAUGAAGAAAUUGCAAAAGAGCCCAUCCUGCAGAAAGAGAGAGAGGAGAAAAUGGAGGAAGCUGAACCCUCGGAAGAAACCGAUUCGAGGAAAGAGAAGUCUCAGCUCCAUCAGAAUGGAAAAAAGAAGAAGAAGAAGCGUCUCUCUCAUGAGGAAACUUCUUUAACUGAAGGCAGUGAAGAUUCGAAGAAGAGUAAGAAGAAAAGACACGGGAGUGGCACAGAGAGCGAUCGUUCUGACUCUCUGAACCCUCCUCCCAAAGUGGAAAAAGACUCGAGAAAGAAUCGAAAACGAAAAGGGAAUUCGGAGAGUUUGAAUCCUGAUGGAAAUGAGGAGCUGAAUGAUUCUUCUGCAUCCGAUUGCGACAAGAAACGAAGAAAGGAUAAUGAAGCUCCUCCUCCUCCUCCUCCUCCUCCUCCUCCUUCUUCCGAGUCGGAGCCAAGUUGCAAAAUUUCGAAAAACCGAAAGACCAGCUUGAGUGAGGGAACCGAGGAUUUCAAGCCAGAAGUUGAGGAAGACAAGAGUUGUAGAAAUGUAAAUACGGAGACGAAAGAGCAGGAGUCUGAUUCCGAUUUGCCUGCUUCUUCCGAGGUGAAAGUGCAGAAGGGGAAGAAGAAGAAGCGCAAGAGGAAUCGGUCGACGCGAAAGGAGGACAUUGAGGCUCCAGACACAGGUUUGGAAAUUAUGGCGAAGCGGGAGUGGAAGCGAUUGAGGAAUAAGUAUCUGGAAAUGCAGAGGGCAAAAAUGAAGCAGUUGAAGCAGCAUUUAAAGAGAGCGGCCUGGAAUCAGUGGCAGAAUGUGGAGAAAAUGGAGAAGGUGGAGAAGAUGGAAAAGGUGGAGAAGAUGAAUAUAGAAAAGGAAGAAUCCAGUGAAAAGGAUCUUAAGGAGGACAAAUCUCCUAGGUUUACUUUCGCGCCGGGUUUGAUCGUCAAGAUUGAGAUGGAGUCUCCUUGCAGCGAUCCCAAGAACUUUAAGAUGGAACUAAAGGGAAGCAGUUCUAACAGUAGUGUAAAAUAUGUGGAUGUUAGCGAAGGUUCAAAUAUUGCAUUUGUAAGAUGCGAUUCUGCCGAAUCCGCAAAGUUAUUGGCGCAGAAGGCAACUGAAGAGAGAACAAUGAUUAUUCUGGACGGCGAGGAGGAAAAAGCUUACUGGGGCAAAAUGGCGCAGGACAGACAAGAAAAAAUAGGAAACAAUAUGAGGGUCAAGCAGAGAGGGAGAGACAAACUGUUGAAGAGGGCGGAAAAGGAACUUGGAAAGCAUAUCAAAUUUGACCAAGUUUAACCAAAUCAAAUCAAAUCUUCUCUUCUUUUUCUUCUUUUAAGUGGAAAAGUCAUCAUUUAUUUUAUUAUACAUUUCUAUCUUAACUUACAGUGCUCCAUUUCUAUUGUCGACGGUUAUAAAUCGGUUUGAAAUCAAUAUCUCUUUCAAACUCUCUUCAAUUUCACAAUUAGCUCUUUUCUCUACACAAUCUUGUGUAAUGUACAAUAAUUAAAUUGAUUCUCUGAA